AAGCCAACCAACACGUCGAUCCAUUGUACACCACUACACCACUCCGUCGGGGAACCUUUUGGGCUCAUACUUCUCGUCGGUCAGAGUGCUGGCUACAAAUACGCCCCUAACCCUGUUUUACCCUCGAUUUUGUGUCAUCUGGAGCAGGAGCGUCGCGUCCAAUUCACACCACGUGCUCUCCGACUCAACAUAUCAAUAUCACUUCCAGGUCACCAUCUGGCGACGUCCGGCCCUGAGUCUGUCUCUCGGACUAUGGCGCCAACACCACAGCUCAGGCCCCGGCAGAGGCUAGACCAAUCCAAAUUCCGUGAUUACAUCAGGAAGUUCACUCCCCAGGCGUACACGGCCGACCAGACGUCGAGGCCGGGUGCCAGCGGCGCGAUCCGCUCAAUCGCAUGGAAUCCUCUUGGCAGUUUGGUGGCUACAGGCUCUGCCGACAAAACCCUCCGUGUUUGGAACCCCGAAAAGCCCAACGUGAGGUUUUCGACCGAGCUCAAGGGCCACCAAGCCCCCAUUGAGAAGGUUGCCUUCAACCCUGUCAAGGAUGCAGAGCUUUGCAGCGUCAGCAACGACGGCGUGGUCAAGUUCUGGGACGUGCGGACCAAGGCCUGCGUAAAUGAGGUCAAAGGCAUCGACGAGGCCUUCACCCUGGCCUGGGCGCCCGAUGGCCAGAGCCUCGUUGUCGGCACUCAGUCGGACAAGAUUUCGAUCCUGUCUCCUACGGAACCCACUCCGCGCGCGACUCUUCAGCAGCCGAUCCAGACUAACCAGAUCUCAUUCUGUUGGAGCGGCACCAAGGUCUUUGUGGCCACGGGCGACGGGAGGACCCGAAUCAUGUCGUACCCGGAAUUUGAGCCCAUCUACCGUGUUGACUACCCAGUCUCUGAAAAUGAAAGCGCAGAAUUCAGGCUCACGGGACACACCUCUUCGUGUCUCAGCACCGAGCUUAGCCCUACCGGUCGCAUCCUUGCCACAGGUGGUUCGGACUCUAUGAUCUGCCUCUGGGACACCUCGGACUGGGUCUGCCAAAAGACCAUUGGGAAGAUGACGGGGCCGGUCCGAAGUAUCAGUUUCAGCUUUGAUGGCUCCUAUGUUGUUGGAGGGAGUGACGAUGGAGCGGCCAUCGAGGUGACGCACGCCGAGUCCGGGGAGCACGUUCACACAGUCAAGACGGCUGGCCCUGCUCCCAUGGUAGCAUGGGCCCCGCUGAGAUACCAGCUUGCCUACUCCGAUCUCGGAGUUCUGCGAAUACUCGGUGUGGAUGUUGACAGUCAAAGAAAAUAGAGAGAGACCUUUAGCGGAUGACGAAGGGGGCUUUAUGCUUAGUUGAUACCCCGUAAAAGAAAGAGAAAUGAAAUACAGCUGCGGCUGGGAGGGGUGUCUUGGACCUCGCUCGGAACACUGCGAGCCACCAACCUACCCGGGAUGAGUCGACGCCGUCCGAGGAAGUGCAGCCUGGUGGGUAGGUAGGGCAGCAACGGUAGGCUGAGAUGCGCUCGGCGAUUCCGAAGAGCUGGGCAACAACAGCGAGGGAGCAGACAGACUUGCCGGGCACUCAACGAGCAGCCAGUAACGACAUCACGUGCUAUUCUCUAGGCGGUGUCAGACCGGGGGAAACUCUGGCCGACCAGGCCAGCGGGACAUUCUCGCCAAACAUGGAUGCAUGAUGCAUACAGGACCCAGAAUCCACCAGUGCUGUCAGGUCCAGCGAAGGAAUGAAAACCAGCAUAUUGUUGAACCACAUGUUCCAACCCACUUCAUGCCCGGCAACUGGCAAGGCUCGCCUGU